GUAAAUCUCAACGACGCCCCCAAAAUGGCGGAUCAUAAGUAUAGGCUCUUCAAUGCGGUCGAUCCGAGCAAAGUAAAGGUUCCUUUCAAUCAGAAAUUCGCCAAUUUGACGCUAUCCUCCCAUAAAAAUCGACAGCAGGUGUCCUUGGUGCCAAAGAAACAGCAGGCGAAGAUAAAUCCUCGGGAGAAGAAUCAUCAUACGGCAGAUCCCAUGCGUGGAAAUUUGGGUGCGCCGCCCGGCGUAGAAAAUAUGGAGAACGAGCACCACGAUCUCGAUGGUUCCGAUUACAUGGACCCCCUGCAGCUGAGCUGCAGCCAGGAUGUGGGCGAUGUGGAGCAUCUGUCCGCUGGCAUCAGCAAUUUGACAGUGCAGGAGCCACCGCAGCCGCCCAAGCAAGAGAUCUCCAUUUGCAUUUCCUCCACUACGGAAGAGGAAGAUUCCGGCGACGACGGCGGCGCUUCCUGUAUCACCAUUUCCGAUUCCAGCGAGGACGAAGAUGAGCCGCUGCCCCCCGAUAGCAUGGCAGUGAGUGAUAGAACACAAGCGGCCGAUCCCGACCAGGAGGUCAUACCACCGCCCAUGCUCUCCACAGACAAAGUGCAGCGCAUCGAGGCCUUCCUGCGGGAUGUGUCGAUUGAGCGGCGCGAGAUGGAGCAGAAUGGCCCCCUGACACCAUCCCCCAUCUCGUGCACCAAGCGGCAAUCUCGGAUAGCCGAGGCGGACACUGAAUCUAUGUCGCCGCCCGACGAGGACUGGCAGCCACCGGUUACCAGGCCGAUUGACAGCAGCAAACGACUUGCGGACAACGAGACGCAGGUGGACACCAUCUGCUCUGCGGAAAUGUCGCGCUUGGACAGCAGCAAGCGACUGGCGGACGACGAGACGGAGGCGAAUACCCUAGGAUCAGGGGAUCUAGAGCCUAGGGAUAGUAGUAAGCGACUGGCGGACAAUGACACCGAACUCAACACCCUGUGUUCCGAUAACUCUAGUAGUCAUAACUCAACUCUCCACGAGGAGCAGCCCGUUCCAGAGGAAUCCAUUGAAAUACCAGAGACCAGCAGCGAGGCCGAGCCCACGCCGCAGAAACCCAGUUCCGGUUCCUCAACAUCGGGCGAGGACGAGCUUGGAUCCGUUCAAGUGAGCAGCAUUAAUAUAUCAGCCAAGAUCAACAUCAAGAUCAGCAUUCCCACCUUGGGGUCAAGUUCGGCGGAGGAUGACGAUGAUCAGUACCCGUCGCCCAGGGCAACAAAGUCCCUGCCCAGUUCCGAGGAGGUGCAGCACCAGGAACAGCAGCAGCUGCAGCGGGAGCCUCAGAAUUCCCUUCAUCAAAAAUCCAUGUUGUCCACGGGCGAUGCUUCCGAGGAUGAGCAGUUCCUCACCCACGCCGAGAAGCUGCUGAAUCAAUUGUAUGGCAAAUCCUGGCAAACACCAGACGUAAUUCGCACUCUAAAGCGAUCCAGUGGCAGUGGCGGGAAAACAGCUCCCCUAAAGCCCAGGAAUACUCCAGCAACUGCGGCUACCACCGCCAAAAAGAAGAAGCCACGCCCUCCGCCCGUUAGGCCAGACGAAAGUGUCCUUGAGGAUUUUAGCAUAUUUACCCGACCCCUGCGCGCAACUCAAACUCCUCUGAACUCCACUCGCCUGCCUCCUGUGCGAGCUGUCCAAACGGAGAGACGUCCGCGUACCCAGAAGCCAGUGACGAGGCCACGCACAAAUCACGUGGACGAAGAUCGCUGGCGGAAGCUUAUAGAUUCUGACAGCGGUACAGAUGCCUCUGACGACGAGGAUGCGGAUGCCACGUUCAGCGAAAGCGGCAGUGACAGCGACAGCGAUUCCGGCAAGCAGGGCAAGCAGAAGGGCGGUGACCUUACCUACCUAGACUUGACCAAAGACGAGGUGGAGGUCAUUAGCAAUCCCGACGAGGAUACGCAUUCGCCCAAGACUCAUCGUCGACUGGACGAUAUACUACGCUCUUGUCGUGCCAGCGUUAAAGCUAAACUUCCUGCGACGCCUGCCCCCCAGGCCACCACUCGCCGCCAACUCUUUACACCAAACGCUGGCUUCGAGGACGAGAUCGAGGCUAGAGCGAUAGUGGACAAGGCAUUAGACUUGGACAUGCUCGAUGAACUGGAGAACGACUACCUGCCCGGCACUCCUGUCCAUAAGCGAUUGCAAGAGGUAAAGAAGAAUCUGGGCAUUGGGCAGCAAGUACAAACAACGCCCCAGCAGAGCCCAAUCCUCAAGUUGCUCACGCCACAAACUGCGCCGCCAAAGGCCUUCGCUCCGCCCAAAGCCACCGCCCCACCGAAAUCCACUGCCCGCAAGCCCAAGAAGCAAAAGGAACUUCCACCAAUCCUGACCAGCGGCAAAUGCAGCUUCCUGAAAUCGCUGGAGGGACAAGUGAGUCGGGAUCGGGCGGACAAUGAGGCCUUUUUCUAUCGGGAGAACUUCGCUAAGAAUAAGGAUCAGUUGGCCCAUCAUCUCUACAAGAUGUUCAACGCCCAGGUGUUCAACAACGAGCUGGAUGUACCCAUCACCUGGUCCAAACUGCUGCGCAACACAGCAGGACGAUGCAUGAACAAGCGCAAACUUAACCAGCGCAGCAGCGUGGUGGAACUGAGCGUCAAAGUUCUGACAACGGCGGAUCGUCUACGUUGCACCUUGAUACACGAACUGUGCCAUGCGGCGGCCUGGGUAUUCAAUGGCGAGGGCGGCCACGGGCGGGUGUGGAAGAUGUGGGCCCAACGGGCCAACGACAAGUUUCCCGAUCUGCCGCAGAUAAAGGUCUGCCACAGCUACAAUAUCGAGUUCAAGUACACCUACAAGUGCCUGAGCUGCGACAAAUCAUCACAUGCGCACUCCCGUUCCCGUAAGGUGGAGGACCUGCGCUGCAGGAUCUGCCGUGGUCCCAUCACCCUUUUCCUGAACAAAAAAGACAAGCAGGGUAAUACUGUGUCCACGCCGGCGGGUGAGGCCAAAGGAUUCGCCAAGUUCGUCAAGGACAACUUUCAGAAGCACAAGCGGGAGAACUUGACUGCCGCUCAGGUUAUGCGAAUCCUCAGCGUGGAGUACGCCAAGCAGAAGGGUCAGCCGGCGGGGGAGACAGCGGCGUCGAUCGCCAGCCAAGUGGAAACGCUGACACUAGACGACUAGUCCAAUUAACUGGACUACGGAUAAAAAGCUGAAGAUUUUACCAAUUUUUAAGCAUUGCGCUCUUUGAGCCUUAAAAUAUCGGAAAAUCCGAUCAAAACUCAGUUCGUUGAAAACCGAAAUAAGGAUUACAGAUGUAUAUUUUGUUUUAUGUAUUUUAUUUUAUAGUUUAUAUUGUUUACUUGACCAAAAAACAAAGUUUCCAUUAAAGUUUAGAGGGCAGCAUUGAAA